AUGUUUGAGAAAGUGACACCUGAGAAUGCAAUGGCCUUCACUCGACUCAGCUCUGCUCUAUGCUGCGCUUGGCCGCUCCCGGCUGGCGCUACUAAAGCUCAGGUGCUGCGUUACAGGAUCUUGCGUGCCGCCGCAGGACUCAGCGCUCUAGGAUUAUUUUUACCAGUUUCGUACGCGAUGGUUCUGAAUUAUGACGAUGCGAUCAUCUUCGCUAACACAGCUUCCAUGUCAAUCGCCACGUUGCAGCUUAUGCUGCAACUUCUCCUCUUUAGCCUUCUGGAGGAUCGCUUUCGGCUCUUGCUAGAGGAUUUAACAACUUUCUGCAGGAGCAUGAAAUCCUAUGAGAAUCGCGUCUUGCAACGAUAUGUGGACAAGUAUUCCAAGUUUUACGGUUUGACCGUGACGUGGUUUUACUUGUGCGCGAUCAUGAUCAUCUUAGGACCUUUGCUCCAAUCGACGCAAACGUUUCCGACGGUCUCCGAAUAUCCGUUCCCGGUCGAUUAUAUGCCCGUGAAGAUUAUUAUUUUUCUGCACCAAUCCGUUGUCGGUCUCCAGUGUUCCUCAGCCAUUAGCGCAAAUGUGUUUGGAUGUUUGCUGCUUCUGUACUCUGCGGCAAAGUAUGAGAUAUUGAUGAUCGAUUUUAGAGCAGCCUCAACUGUCGAAACAUUGACGGACUGUUUCAAACGAUAUCACGCGGUGUCUAGAUAUGCCUGGCAAGUGGUCAACAGUGUUCGGUAUGUAGCUUUGGGUACGAUAAUCGUUAACAGCGUAGCCGUUGUACUUUGUGGUUUCAAUUUAAUUGGGCGACAAAUGAUCAUAGUCUACAUGCAAUUGAUAUUACUCAUUGGGGCUUCGUUGUUGGAGGUCCUCAUGUGGGCGAUACCGGCUGAUCAUUUGAUGGAAAUGAGUGAAAAAUUUGUGCGCGGUGCAUACGAAGCAACAUGGUACGAACAAGGACCGGAAAUGCAGAAAACUGUACUUCGUAUUAUGAUGCCACAGAAAGCCGUAACGAUUAGCUUGAAGUGCUUCGUACCAAACCUUAAUCUGGAUUAUUUCUGUUCGUACAUUUCAAGCACGUCCUCUUUAUUGACCGCUUUACGAGCAGUACUUGCGGAUAGCGAUGAUGUACUGCCAUCCAAGUCAACUAAUAGUACAAAUGUGUUGGAGUAA